UUUUCAGUUCCUCACCGCUCUCAACAACGGGCCACACGCUACGACAGUACGCAAUGUACUGGUUUCGUCAAGUUUACAGACCCUCGUUCUUCUUUGGCUUUCUCGCGAUCCUUCUCCUCUCGUCGCCGACGCCUUCAGACGCAUCGAUUCGACUAUGUGGAUCACGUCUCACAACAACCCUUUUAGCAGUAUGCCGGAAUCAGCUGUGCACUGGAUUAACCGCUUUCAAACGUUCCGCCGACCAAUCCUAUGCACCAACAACUCGCGAUCUUUUUCACAUUCACCACCAACAAAAGCGAGGCGGAAUUGCGACAGAAUGUUGUGAGAAGCGAUGUUCAUUUGCAUAUCUCAAAACAUUCUGCUGCAAUCAGGACGAUAAUUGAUAACUUAUUCAUCAUAUUUUCUCAUCAUCGGGUCUCGUGCGCUGCAUUAUUAGACUGCGCGGAGGCCUCUGAUCAGGUCAAUAUCGUUGGCAGCUCACCGGACCCUAACCUUUUCUUUUCUAUCUGAAAAUAUUUGAAUUGUUCUCUCCUCUCUUUGUUUUCUCUUCUCUGUCGUUGCCGUUUCCAAUCUUUCUCUUUCUUGAUAAUAAUCCAAAUUUUUAAUUGCAUAAUAUGACAAUACAAAGUGAUAAUAGUGAAAUUGCCUAUCCUUCCUCUAUUUCCCUGUCCAACAGUUUCUGGUCUUUAUUAGUUUGCCACGAUAUAUCUUUCAAUCCAGUUUGACCUGAUCUCAACUUCACAGUCGUCUGAUGCAUCCAUUCUUUUUAAAUUUGAAAAAAAUAAAUUUAAAUUUUGUUUCAA